GCGCGCGCACUGCACGUAACAUGCGAGUGACGCAUAAUAUGUGGGCCGCUCAGGAGCCGUGGUCGCGCUGUGUGUGUGAGUGAGGGAGAGUGAGUGCGGGACCAGAGGCGGUGUGUGUGAACUGUGGCCGCUGGAGGGGUGCGGGGAGAAGCGGCGGAGCCGCCCGCGAAGGCCAAGCCAUGACUACGGUAGUGGUACAUGUGGACUCCAAAGCUGAGCUCACUACCCUGCUGGAGCAGUGGGAAAAGGACCAUGGCAGUGGGCAGGAUAUGGUACCUAUCCUUACCAGGAUGUCAGAAUUAAUUGAAAAAGAAACUGAAGAAUAUCGUAAAGGAGAUCCAGAUCCAUUUGAUGAUCGACAUCCUGGUCGAGCUGAUCCAGAGUGCAUGCUGGGCCACUUACUGAGAAUACUCUUCAAGAAUGAUGAUUUCAUGAAUGCACUGGUGAAUGCGUAUGUGAUGACAAGUAGAGAGCCCCCUUUAAAUACUGCAGCUUGCAGACUGCUACUGGACAUCAUGCCAGGUCUAGAAACUGCAGUUGUCUUUCAAGAAAAGGAAGGAAUUGUUGAAAAUCUUUUCAAAUGGGCCCGAGAGGCUGAUCAGCCACUGAGAACAUAUUCUACUGGAUUGUUAGGAGGUGCUAUGGAAAAUCAAGACAUUGCUGCCAACUACAGAGAUGAAAAUUCACAGCUGGUGGCAAUAGUGCUUCGAAGACUGAGAGAGCUACAGCUUCAGGAAGUGGCUUUGAGGCAGGAAAAUAAGCGUCCUAGUCCACGGAAGCUUUCAUCAGAACCUCUUUUGCCUCUGGAUGAGGAAGCUGUGGAUAUGGACUAUGGUGACAUGACAGUAGAUGUUGUGGAUGGAGAGCAAGAAACUUCUAGAGAUAUGGAGAUCUCCUUUCGUCUGGAUUCAGGUCACAAGACCAGUAGUAGAGUGAACUCAGCAACUAAGCCUGAGGAAGGAUUAAAGAAGAACAAGUCUGCAAAGCAUGGUGACAGAGAGAACUUUAGGAAGGCCAAGCAGAAGUUGGGUUUCUCAUCUUCUGACCCAGAUCGUGUGUUUGUUGAGCUGUCUAAUAGCAGCUGGUCGGAAAUGUCCCCCUGGGUGAUUGGCACCAAUUAUACCCUUUAUCCUAUGACUCCUGCUAUUGAGCAGCGACUUAUUCUCCAGUAUCUGACCCCUCUAGGAGAGUAUCAAGAGUUACUUCCCAUAUUCAUGCAACUUGGAUCACGAGAAUUGAUGAUGUUUUAUAUUGAUCUGAAACAGACUAAUGAUGUUCUGCUUACUUUUGAGGCACUCAAGCACCUAGCAUCUCUCCUGCUCCAUAACAAAUUUGCCACAGAAUUUGUUGCACAUGGUGGAGUACAGAAAUUACUGGAAAUUCCUCGUCCUUCUAUGGCUGCAACUGGUGUAUCCAUGUGCUUGUAUUACCUGUCCUACAACCAGGAUGCUAUGGAAAGAGUUUGCAUGCAUCCCCACAAUGUUCUAUCUGAUGUGGUGAACUAUACCCUAUGGUUAAUGGAAUGUUCUCAUGCUUCAGGAUGCUGCCAUGCUACAAUGUUUUUCUCAAUUUGCUUCUCAUUCCGGGCUGUCUUGGAGCUCUUUGACCGUUAUGAUGGUCUUCGUCGCCUGGUGAACUUGAUCAGUACUUUGGAGAUUUUAAAUUUGGAAGACCAGGGUGCACUUUUGAGUGAUGAUGAAAUAUUUGCUAGCCGCCAAACAGGCAAACAUACCUGCAUGGCUCUUCGAAAGUAUUUUGAGGCUCACCUGGCCAUUAAAUUGGAACAAGUCAAACAAUCACUACAGAGGACUGAGGGUGGCAUUCUUGUUCACCCUCAACCUCCAUACAAGGCAUGCUCAUACACUCAUGAGCAGAUUGUGGAGAUGAUGGAGUUUUUGAUAGAAUAUGGCCCAGCUCAGCUGUAUUGGGAACCUGCUGAAGUCUUCCUCAAGCUUUCCUGUGUGCAACUCUUACUGCAGCUUAUUUCCAUUGCCUGCAAUUGGAAGACCUAUUAUGCAAGGAAUGACACUGUGCGCUUUGCUUUGGAUGUCCUGGCUAUUCUCACUGUGGUGCCAAAAAUUCAGCUCCAAUUGGCAGAGUCAGUGGAUGUACUAGACGAGGCUGGCUCUACUGUGUCCACUGUAGGUAUUAGCAUUAUUUUGGGAGUGGCUGAGGGUGAGUUCUUUAUCCAUGAUGCUGAAAUUCAGAAGUCAGCACUUCAGAUUAUCAUCAAUUGUGUAUGUGGACCAGAUAACCGAAUAUCCAGUAUUGGUAAAUUUAUUUCUGGAACUCCUCGGAGAAAGCUGUCUCAGACCCCCAAGAGCAGUGAGCAUACCCUGGCCAAAAUGUGGAAUGUGGUCCAGUCCAACAAUGGCAUCAAGGUGCUUCUGUCCCUGUUGUCCAUCAAGAUGCCCAUCACAGAUGCAGACCAGAUCCGGGCCCUGGCCUGCAAGGCCCUGGUGGGCUUGUCUCGAAGUAGCACUGUUCGACAGAUCAUCAGCAAAUUGCCCCUUUUUAGUAGCUGCCAGAUUCAACAGCUGAUGAAGGAGCCAGUGCUACAGGACAAGCGUAGUGACCAUGUCAAGUUCUGCAAAUACGCCGCUGAGCUCAUUGAGCGAGUAUCAGGAAAACCUCUUCUCAUUGGCACUGAUGUAUCACUGGCACGACUACAGAAAGCAGAUGUUGUUGCCCAGUCAAGGAUCUCCUUCCCUGAGAAAGAGCUGCUUCUGUUGAUACGAAAUCAUCUCAUUUCUAAAGGGCUUGGAGAGACAGCAACUGUGCUGACGAGAGAGGCUGACUUGCCCAUGACUGCUGCCUCCCAUUCUUCUGCCUUCACCCCAGUAACUGCUGCUGCUUCUCCUGUCUCUCUUCCCCGGACCCCUAGAAUUGCCAAUGGCAUUGCAAAUCGGUUGGCUAGCCAUGCUGCUGUGGGUGCUUCUGCCCCUUCUGCGCCCCCUGUUCAUCCUCCACCUCGUCCCCCCCAGGGUUCAUUGGCUUUGCCUGGCCCAUCGUAUACAGGCAACUCCCCUUUGAUUGGUAGGAUCAGUUUUAUCAGAGAGAGGCCGUCACCGUGCAAUGGCAGAAAAAUUCGAGUUUUACGGCAGAAGUCGGACCAUGGUGCAUACAGCCAGAGCCCCGCCAUAAAAAAACAAUUGGAUAGACAUCUUCCUUCCCCACCUACACUGGACAGUAUCAUCACAGAGUAUCUUAGAGAGCAACAUGCUCGCUGCAAGAACCCCGUUGCCACCUGUCCACCUUUUUCUCUCUUUACUCCUCAUCAGUGUCCUGAGCCAAAACAGAGGCGGCAAGCGCCAAUAAACUUUACCUCAAGGCUAAACCGAAGGGCAUCAUUUCCAAAGUAUGGAGGGGUAGAUGGCGGAUGCUUUGAUAGGCACCUUAUCUUCAGCAGAUUUCGUCCUAUUUCAGUGUUCCGGGAAGCUAAUGAAGAUGAGAGUGGCUUUACCUGCUGUGCAUUUUCAGCCCGGGAGCGGUUCCUGAUGCUUGGAACCUGCACAGGGCAGCUGAAGCUCUACAACGUAUUUAGUGGACAGGAAGAGGCUAGCUAUAACUGUCACAACUCAGCCAUCACACAUCUUGAACCUUCCAGGGAUGGGUCCUUACUUCUGACAUCUGCCACUUGGAGCCAGCCUUUGUCUGCACUUUGGGGGAUGAAGUCAGUAUUUGAUAUGAAGCAUUCCUUCACAGAAGAUCAUUAUGUUGAGUUCAGUAAGCACUCUCAGGAUCGGGUCAUAGGCACAAAAGGAGACAUCGCCCAUAUUUAUGAUAUUCAGACUGGCAACAAGCUGUUGACUCUGUUUAACCCAGAUCUUGCCAACAACUACAAGAGGAACUGUGCCACCUUUAAUCCUACAGAUGAUCUUGUCUUAAAUGAUGGCGUCCUCUGGGAUGUCCGCUCUGCACAGGCCAUCCACAAGUUUGACAAGUUCAACAUGAAUAUCAGUGGCGUUUUCCAUCCAAAUGGGCUGGAGGUCAUCAUCAAUACAGAGAUUUGGGACCUUCGAACUUUCCAUCUUUUACACACCGUUCCUGCUCUGGAUCAGUGUCGUGUGGUGUUUAACCACACUGGGACAGUGAUGUAUGGAGCAAUGUUGCAGGCAGAUGAUGAAGAUGACUUGUUGGAAGAGAGGAUGAAAAGUCCUUUUGGGUCUUCCUUCCGAACAUUUAAUGCAACUGAUUAUAAACCUAUAGCAACUAUUGAUGUGAAACGGAACAUCUUUGACCUGUGUACAGACACCAAAGAUUGCUAUCUUGCUGUCAUUGAGAAUCAAGGCAGCAUGGAUGCCCUGAACAUGGACACGGUGUGCAGGCUUUAUGAGGUGGGCAGGCAGCGUCUGGCGGAAGACGAGGAUGAAGAGGAGGACCAGGAAGAGGAAGAACAGGAGGAAGAGGAUGAUGAUGAAGAUGAUGAUGACACUGAUGAUUUAGAUGAACUUGACACUGACCAGUUGCUGGAGGCAGAACUGGAGGAGGAUGACAACAAUGAGAACGCAGGAGAGGAUGGAGACAAUGACUUCUCUCCCUCUGAUGAGGAGUUAGCAAAUCUUCUAGAAGAGGGAGAGGAGGGGGAAGAUGAAGACUCUGAUGCAGAUGAGGAAGUAGAACUGAUCCUGGGUGACAGGCUGUGUACUUAAUCCAUGAUGGGGGCAGUGAAUGAAAGCAGAGAGCCGCUACCAGUGACCGUGUCCCAACAAUCCAGAUGGCACUUCAGCUUCUGCUCAUGCUUUACAACAGUAAAUGACACAUAGAUGUGCUAAUGUGCAUUUAAUCACCAGAGGAGUGAAGAUCUCUGGGCUUUUUUAUUCUGUAAUGUUUCUAAACCUCUACCCAUUAAAUGCAAAGAAAAAUGGAAGGAGUCUUGACAGCAGCAGGGACACCCAUAUGGUGAUAAGAUGGGUUUAAGUGUUAUUCGCGGCAAGGAGCCUAAUCCGUGCUCCAACUUUUUUUAGGUCUUGGACUUCACUGUUUUGAUACAACUGUGCACAUCCCCAGUGGUGGGGACUACUUGCCUUCCAGACACCUUAGCGUAGUCCUAGCUUACCUGUAUUGGGAUGAUGCAUUUUGGUAUGAAACGCCCUUUAAGUGUUACAUUGGGUCUUAUUCUGGCAGGGACAGUUGACGCUUCAGUGUUUCUCUGAAAGGGGGGAUCCUGGGCAGCAGUGGCUACAUGGUUAAUGUACAUUGCUCUCAGGUAUUGCAAGGUGACACCAGGUACUGGUUCAGCCAAGGAUGCUUGGUUUUGUGUGGGGCACAAUGGUCGUCAUCUCAGACCCCGAGUUUGUCCUAGUCACCUAACAUGGUUUACUGUGUGGCCCAGAUUGACCUCAAAUUCCCUAAUCCUUCUGCCUUCAUCAUCUGAGUACUGGGAUUACAGGCAUGUGCCACCACACCCAGCUUCAGGUUUUCCAUUCUUAAUUUGAAUAUAAAUCCUCUCAAUUUGUAUUUGUUAACAGUACACCCUCCUUUUGCCAUUCUGAAAAUUUCUUCUCUCAAAACAAAGGUAAUCUGGAAAACUUUAAUUUUAUAAAUUAUAAGAAUAUUGUCACUAUAACUUGGUUGUAAAUAUUGACAUAUACAUGACAACAUGUGGAUAUUUCUGCUUGGACUCUGAGAUGGAGACACAGAGGUGGCACCUGUAGGUUGUCCUUUAUUGAUUGCUCUUUCUGUGUUUUAUGGGCUGUCCAUUGUGGAUAUUGCUAUCCCUUGUGGCUGUACUAGACUCCUUAUUUAUAAGAAUUGUUAUAAGAUUCAUUCUGAUUGUCUAGAGUAACUGUGCCUGAGCUUAUGGAGCCUUUUUAGGGUAUGGUGAAAGCCAUAGAAACCCACACCCUAUAGGCUGUCAUAUGACUUUGCAAAGGCCCUGGGUCCUGCAGGGCACAGCUCCAGACACAGAACCCUAGUGCUUGAGAGGAAGGCAUGUCGUCAGGGUCUUUGUGUUUCUGCUUCUGGGGACCCCUUGCUCCCAAGCCUGGAUAUUGUAAAGCAACAACAGGUCAAAACACCAGAAAGAUAUUUAUAGUUCAUCUGUCUUUGCUGCAUAGACCUUUCAGGAUGGGAGAUCCUGACCAGAUGCUGGGGAUUGGGUCACUGCAACACUUGGGGCUGAGAAAAGGCUAGGGGGAUUGAUAGAAGGGGUCCUGUCAUCUGACCACUGGGUACUGUGAUCCUCACUGAGCAGUCCUUAGAUGUGAUGCAGAGUUAAGUCUUGGCUGGCUCCUUUUUGCAGUAGGCUAGGGGGAUUGAACUGCCUUACUUCCUGGGGAGGUUCUCAGGCAGUUGGGCCUGGCCUUGUUGGCUUGCCUAUGAUACAAACACUGAAGGAUUCUGUAGAGGUUUGCAGAAGUGUUUGGCACUGACAGGUGCUGUGUGUGGCUCUGGGGAGCACUUCCUUACUGUCUUCUGGAGUUUUUACCUCAGAGAAGCUGCUUGGGUACGGUCUGUUCAUGUUCAAGUGUCAGCUUUUUAUUCUGUGACCACUCCAUUGUGUUUCCCAAUCCUUGCAAUGUUGGGCCACGUUUGGAUUCUGGGAACACCGAUUUCCCUACCGUCAAACCAUCUCUUUUUUACUUGAAGGGCAUUCUUGUGUUAGUACUGUCUUUUUGUUUUACUGUCCCCCCUCCCCCCAGGGUCCUUGAAGAGAAUGAGGAUUUGGGAACAUGAGUUUUUCCUUCCUUGCCUUGCCCUAGAAUUCUUUCAGGUACCUUGGAGAGGCUGCUGAAACUGUGUAUGUGUGGGCAUCCCUUUCCACAUGGACACGCCAGAGUCUAGGUGUUUCAGGAUUCAGGCUCUGUGGUCCACACUCCUGGGAAUCUUAGGAAAAUAUUCUCCACACCUUGUUAUUAUUUUAAAAAAUUUUAAGAGCACUUGAUCUUGCAGGACCUGGGUUUGAUUCCCAGCACCUACAUGACAGCUCAUAACCAUCUGUAACUCCAGUUCCAGGGGACCUGAUGCCUGUUACCUCCUUGGGCACCCAACAUUUGUGUUGCACAGAUAUACAUGCAAGCAAAACACCCAUAUGUACAUUUUUAAAAAAGUUCAAAUUACAUUUAAGGAGAGAACAUGUUUUCUACAGUGUGCGGAGGUCAGAGGACAGUUUGUGGAGUUGGUUCUCUCCACCAUGUAGGCUUCAGGGACAGAUGGCAAUUGGAUAGGAUUGGUGGCAGGGACCUUUGCCUGCUGAGACACUUUAUUGGCCCCUUUCCAUA